AUGUCAUCUGAGCAUCAACACCCCGAUGAAGCGGAGUGGGAGGGGGGAUAUGACCCCCUCGCUGAUCCUGAAGAGCGGAGGGUGCUGUAUGCCACUGUCGACUCAUUUAGGCAGUAUCGGCGAAAUGCUCAUAUGAACACUACUCAUCGUCGUCGACAGUUAUUCUAUGCUCUGCCAUCAGCACAUUGGCAGAUGCUGUCGGAACCACCAUUCUCUCUAUUGGACAACUUCAACAACGUAGACGAUGCCAUUGAUACCAAUGCCGAGAUUGCAGAUGCCAUUCUCAAAGUUGGUUUGCAGUCAUUCAAUCUCUCCCCUACUCCAGAAAAAGGCGACCCAAUUGGAAAUUGGCAGGAUGUGGCCACAACAGAAGAUGUUAACAAAGCCCAUUCUACGAUACGUCAAUUCUAUCGCGAUUGGAGCUUGGAAGGACAAGCCGAAAGAGAAGUCUGUUAUGAACCAGUCCUCCAGGAUCUCCACCAUGAGUUCAAGACCCGGAGCGACAAUGGAGAACAAAUCCGUGUUUUGGUCCCUGGCUCUGGCCUUGGCCGGCUAGUCUUUGAGGUCUGCAUGGCUGGCUACGAUGCUGAAGGGAACGAGAUCUCGUACCAUCAGUUGUUGGCCAGUAACUGGAUUCUCAAUCACACAGCCGGACCAUUGGAGCAUGCGCUCCACCCGUUUGCACUACAUUUCUCCAAUUUGCAGUCGCGUACCCAGCAGCUACAGCAAGUCCAGAUCCCCGAUGUACACCCAGGACAAGCGAUGCAAGUAGCGGGUUCAGCUGGCCAGCGUGUCGGUACCAUGUCGAUGACUGCUGCUGAUUUCAUUGUGCAUUAUACGGAGCCCAGCAACCAGGAGACCUUUGACGCGGUGACCACGGUAUUCUUCAUCGACACCGCGCCUAACCUCAUCCGCUACAUUGAGGCGAUCUGGCACUGCCUCAAACCCAACGGGCUGUGGAUCAACGUCGGUCCCCUUCUGUGGCAUUUCGAUGGCGGCAAAAACCACAAAGCAGGCGAUAAAGGCCACGAGCCUGGAAUUGGAGAACCUGGCAAUGUGGAGCUCACUGAGGAGGAAGUGCUAAGCCUGGUGGAGCGCAUGGGCUUCCGCCUCGAGAAACGUGGUGUUCGUCGGCCUUGCGGCUACAUUCAGGACCCCAACAGCAUGCUGCAAAAUACUUACCAGCCAUCGCACUGGGUGGCGCGAAAAGUGACCGGGGCGUGA